GCUCGGGUGGGACCCCCGAGCGCCGGAGCCGGCGGCUGGAGCAGGAAGGGAGGGUCGCGGCGCCCGCCCUCCACGGCCGGCCCUGCCCCGAGCGCCCGGUGCGGGUUUCUAACAAUGGUGCGGAGCGCCGGCGCGAGCCCCGCGUCCGCCCAGCGGCCGUAGAGGAAGUGGCCGGCUCCGGGUGGGGUGGGCAGGGAGACGCCCCCCGCCGCUCGCUCGCCAGAGUUUGCCUGCGCGCCGGGCCUCCCCGGCCCCGAGCCCGGCUCCCCGCCGGAUCACCGACGGCAGCUCGAACCAGAGAGAGUAUGGUGCCAGCGCCCGGGUUGAUCUAGUCCUCGGCUCGCUUCUUUUUUCCGCCGCCUCUUCUUCCUCCUCCUUUACCUCCUGUCGGUGCUGCCUCUGGGUUCCCGGUGUGUGGGAGUACAACUCUCUGCCUCUCCAAGGAGACCGGUUUGUGACAGCCUAACCGAACUUGCCCAUUGAAAGCAAACCCAGAACAGCUGGAUAAUGUCCACUCCGAGCAGAUUCAAAAAGGACAAAGAGAUCAUAGCCGAGUAUGAAAGUCAAGUCAAAGAAAUUCGAGCUCAGCUGGUAGAACAGCAGAAAUGCCUGGAGCAGCAGACAGAGAUGAGAGUUCAGCUUCUCCAGGACCUGCAGGAUUUCUUCCGGAAAAAAGCUGAAAUUGAGACGGAAUAUUCUCGGAACCUAGAGAAGUUAGCAGAAAGGUUCAUGGCGAAAACAAGAAGCACUAAGGAUCAUCAGCAGUACAAGAAAGACCAGAACUUGUUGUCCCCGGUGAACUGCUGGUACCUGCUUCUGAACCAAGUGCGAAGAGAGAGCAAAGACCAUGCGACUUUGAGUGACAUCUAUCUGAACAAUGUGAUUAUGCGGUUCAUGCAGAUAAGUGAGGAUUCCACCAGGAUGUUUAAAAAGAGCAAAGAGAUUGCAUUCCAACUUCAUGAGGAUUUGAUGAAGGUUCUUAAUGAACUCUAUACGGUGAUGAAAACAUACCAUAUGUAUCAUGCAGAGAGCAUCAGCGCAGAGAGCAAGCUGAAAGAGGCUGAGAAACAAGAAGAAAAGCAAAUCGGAAGGUCUGGUGAUCCGGUCUUUCAUAUCAGACUGGAAGAGAGACAUCAGCGGCGAAGCUCUGUAAAGAAAAUUGAAAAAAUGAAAGAAAAAAGACAAGCAAAGUAUUCAGAAAAUAAGCUAAAAUCGAUUAAGGCACGGAAUGAAUAUCUCCUAACCCUUGAAGCAACCAAUGCCUCAGUUUUCAAGUAUUAUAUUCAUGAUCUUUCAGAUUUAAUUGACUGCUGUGAUCUUGGCUACCAUGCAAGUCUGAACAGAGCCCUGAGAACAUAUCUCUCUGCAGAGUAUAAUCUUGAAACUUCCAGACAUGAAGGCUUAGACAUUAUUGAGAAUGCAGUUGACAAUUUGGAGCCCAGGAGUGAUAAGCAGAGAUUCAUGGAGAUGUACCCUGCUGCGUUCUGUCCACCAAUGAAGUUUGAGUUUCAGUCUCACAUGGGUGAUGAGGUGUGUCAGGUCAGCGCCCAGCAGCCCGUCCAGGCAGAGCUCAUGCUCAGGUACCAGCAGCUGCAGUCCCGACUGGCCACGCUCAAAAUCGAGAAUGAGGAGGUUAAGAAAACAACCGAAGCCACCUUGCAGACCAUACAAGAUAUGGUCACCAUCGAGGACUACGAUGUCUCUGAAUGCUUCCAGCACAGCCGCUCCACGGAAUCUGUGAAGUCCACAGUCUCCGAGACCUACCUGAGUAAGCCCAGCAUCGCCAAGAGAAGAGCAAACCAGCAGGAGACGGAGCAGUUCUACUUCAUGAAACUCAGAGAAUAUUUGGAAGGUAGUAAUCUCAUCACAAAACUUCAAGCCAAACAUGACUUGCUGCAGAGGACCCUUGGAGAAGGUCAUAGAGCUGAAUAUAUGACUACAAGGCCUCCAAAUGUUCCCCCUAAGCCCCAGAAACACAGGAAGUCCAGACCCCGCUCACAGUAUAAUGCUAAGUUGUUUAAUGGGGAUUUGGAAACAUUCGUCAAGGACUCAGGACAGAUUAUCCCUCUCAUUGUGGAAAGCUGUAUUCGGUUCAUCAAUCUCUAUGGUCUUCAGCAUCAGGGGAUUUUCAGAGUCUCUGGUUCCCAGGUGGAAGUCAAUGAUAUUAAAAAUUCAUUUGAGAGAGGUGAAAACCCUUUGGCUGAUGACCAGAGUAACCAUGAUAUUAACUCAGUUGCUGGCGUUCUGAAGCUCUAUUUCCGUGGGCUGGAAAACCCCCUCUUUCCUAAGGAAAGAUUUAAUGAUCUGAUUUCUUGUAUCAGAAUAGAUAAUCUCUAUGAGAGGGCGCUUCACAUCCGCAAACUCCUCCUGACGUUGCCUAGGUCCGUCCUUAUAGUGAUGAGGUACCUCUUUGCCUUCCUCAAUCACCUUUCACAGUACAGCGAUGAGAACAUGAUGGACCCAUAUAACCUGGCCAUUUGUUUUGGCCCCACAUUAAUGCCUGUCCCGGAAAUACAGGAUCAAGUGUCUUGCCAGGCUCAUGUGAAUGAAAUUGUCAAAACCAUCAUCAUCCACCAUGAAACUAUUUUCCCAGAUGCUAAGGAGCUGGAUGGCCCUGUUUAUGAGAAAUGUAUGGCUGGAGAUGACUACUGUGACAGCCCAUACAGUGAGCACGGUACAUUGGAGGAAGUGGAUCAGGAUGCUGGUACAGAGCCCCACACCAGUGAAGACGAAUGUGAGCCAAUAGAAGCGAUAGCCAAGUUUGACUACGUGGGGCGAUCUGCCAGAGAACUGUCCUUCAAGAAGGGGGCCUCCCUGCUGCUGUAUCACCGCGCGUCUGAGGACUGGUGGGAAGGCAGGCACAACGGCAUUGACGGGCUCGUGCCGCACCAGUACAUCGUGGUGCAGGAUAUGGAUGAUACGUUUUCAGACACUCUGAGCCAAAAAGCUGACAGCGAGGCCAGCAGUGGGCCAGUGACUGAGGACAAGUCUUCGUCCAAGGACAUGAACUCCCCAACAGACCGUCACCCUGACGGCUAUCUAGCCAGACAAAGAAAAAGAGGAGAGCCACCCCCUCCAGUAAGACGUCCUGGCAGGACCAGUGAUGGCCAUUGCCCCCUGCACCCCCCGCAUGCUCUUUCCAACUCCUCAGUGGACCUAGGGUCCCCAAGCCUGGGCAGUCACCCCCGGGGCCUGCUGCAGAACCGUGGCUUUAACAAUGACAGUCCGGAGAGGAGGCGCCGACCAGGCCACGGCAGCCUGACCAAUAUCAGCCGGCAUGACUCCCUCAAGAAGAUCGACAGUCCUCCUAUUAGAAGGUCCACAUCGUCAGGGCAAUACACAGGCUUCAAUGACCAUAAGCCGUUGGACCCAGAGACAAUCGCUCAGGAUAUUGAGGAGACGAUGAACACUGCUUUGAAUGAACUCCGAGAACUGGAGAGACAGAGUACCGCAAAGCAUGCCCCCGACGUGGUGCUGGAUACCUUAGAACAAGUGAAGAACGCUCCCACCCCCGCCACCUCCACGGAGUCUCUCAGCCCUUUGCACAACGUUGCCCUCAGGAGCUCAGAGCCACAGAUUCGACGGAGCACCAGCUCCUCCAGUGACACAAUGAGUACUUUCAAGCCUAUGGUGGCACCCAGAAUGGGUGUGCAGCUGAAGCCCCCAGCCCUGCGGCCCAAACCUGCUGUUCUUCCAAAAACAAACCCUACCGUAGGACCUGCCCCACCUUCCCAAGGUCCAACAGACAAGUCUUGCACAAUGUGAAGACCAGCGGGGCAAGGUCAUCUGGGGUGGUGAUUUUAAAAGAAACGGAUCAGUGACAAAAGUCGGUGAUCCAUAACUUUCCUUAGUUUUGUGCUUAUAACUGGAGAUUUUUGGCUUUUCUAUGUUCUCGAAUAUAAUGUCUGAGACUAGCUAAAUUAACACGGGCAUUUGUAUUUUGUAAUUUUUUUCUUUUUUUUUUUUAAUAACUGGACAUAUGUCAUUUUAAAGACAACAGAAACACUUAGAUUUACUUGAAAAUCCAAUGCUGCACCAUUUGUAAUGAAGGCAACACCGCUCUGCUCUCCGCGUGGUCUAGUGCUUUGGGCUUAGUGUAGCCCGAGUGAGUCAGAAACACCUGGAUCCGAAGGCACAAGAAUCUGAGUUCCAGGCUUGUCCUAACACCAGUGUUGGUCUGUGGCACUUGGGGUAAGGGCCGAAGGGCGCUGACGGCAUCGUGUGGUAGCUGACCGUGAGCACCUCAGACUCCGCGCAGUGGGACGUUCCCAGGGGGCUUGCAGCCCACCGCCUGAAUGAGUUGGAUGGUUGCUUCUUUCCUAAGAGUCGUUUCCCUUGGGUCCAGGUUAAAAGCUCAGAGGAAGGGGGGUCAGAACCCCCACAGUUCUGCUCGAGCUGAACCUAGGAAAGGAGAGAGAGAAUCCUCCAGAGCUCUCGGUGUGACUCCUUCCACAAGCCUGAUCAGGUCCCCGAAGAUUCCCAAGUCCAUCCCCCCCAUUCACAAAGGACUAGAACAGUCUAGUUUUAAAGGCUUGCCGGUGACACUACUCCACAAGACUCCCCCAGAGAUCUGUUGUGACUAACUGCCUGGGGAGUAGCUCCAGCCCCCUGCACCGCGGUGUUCUCCCCCUGGAAACGGAGCACGCUCGCGGCGCGCAAGUCCUUGCCUCACUCAGCCUUCCCUUCUGGCUGCAUGACCUCGGUUCCUUUAAACAUGCUGCACAGGCCUGAGGAACCGGAGCGGAAUCCCCAGCUCUGCUCUCCAUUCAUCUCUGAGCCCGCCGAGAGCUGGCUACGGUACUACAGGACGCGCCUUGCUGGCCGGGCGGGAGGGGCACCUCCUGGUUCCAGGAUGAUUUCCUUCCAUUUUGGCACCCUGGAGCCUUACUUUUUCUUUUUUUUUUUUUUUCACGUGGUCUCCACAGAACUCAGAUAAUCAGGUGAGCGCUGUGAGGACCCUCUUUCUCUGACAUCUAGCACAAAGAGUUUUCUCUAUGUUUUCCCUCUGUCUUAAAAAGUUGCUUUGAAUUUGGUUGUUUUUCUUAAGGUACAAAUCACCACUCCCACCAGCAGCAGCUUAUGUCAUCCUAUCGACUCUGCCACUGAACUUACUGAGGAAGAGACUUUUUUUUUUAUUUAAAGAAAAAUGGAUGGUCCAGACCAGCCCCUCUCGACCACUCUUGAUUUCCUUCCAUUGGCCUGCCCAUCUGCGAGUGACAAAGUAUGGACUUGAGUCUGUUAACCCACUGGUAAAUGCCUCCUGCAGGAAAGAAUGAGGAUCUGUACUCAAAAUCAAGAUCAUUACUGUCAUCUCUCCCUAGUUUGCUAGUCUAAUCAUUCUAAUGCAGAGAGAAAAUAAAUUAAUGAGGUAGGGUUACCUUUCAAAGUCACACUUCUGGUUGCUAGCCAGUGGCCUAAUUUCACAGAUGGAUUGAAUGGAGAAUUUUUUUUCAAGUAUUUCCAGGUAUGGUUAGCCUUUAAAUCUUUGAAUUUUCUGAAGCAUCCUCUUUGAAAACGAUGCCCAGCUCAGCGUCUUGUCCAGCCCCUCACCAUUUCUCUUGAGCUUUAGUGGUCCCUCAGCAACUUGAGACACUAUGGAGACUCAGCCAGGAUUGGGCUCUGAGUAGCACCAACCCUUUCAAACCAUCUUCCCAAAUUCCUAGGAAAUUCAGACCUUCCUGAAUAACCUCCCAAUUCUUUCCAGAUUCCACUUUGACUUCUAAUUCUCUGUUGCUAUAUGGAGAAACAGAGAAUGAAAAUGGAACUAAUGGAGGGGGGAGGGGAGACUUUAAAUAUUUUAGAAAUUGAAAUAAAAAGGAUUUCUUUAAAGCUAUUUUCCAUCUUUGAUAGGAGAGUAAUAUAUGAACAGAGGGCAUCAGAAGGACAGAGGCAUGUUGAAUUUAUUAUGGGGAGAGGAGCUGUAUUUUACAAGUUUUAACUUAGAUCUUGCUCCUGCAAGUUUGUGUCUUCAGGUUUCUCUCUGGUAAUCCUGCCCAGUGUCUCCUCUCUUCAGUGUUUACGCCUCUGAUGAAAUGAGGGUUGGCUUUCCAGCCCCCAGAUUAGGAUUCUGCUGCCUUCAGGAGCAGAGGACGUGCUGUUCUAGCACCUCAGGGGCUGCGCCUUCUUGCAGGAAACUUAAAAUGCUCUCCCAGCACUCCCUUGCGUGUCUGUCUCUUUUCUCCCACUACCCCUGGUGACACCCUGAAGCCUUUUUUUUUUCCUAUCUUCUCCCACCCCCCGCCCAUUUCCCAAGGAAGGAUGUGACCUCACAGUGAGUAAGGACUCACCUCUUCUUACUUUGUUUUAGUAGGAGUCUUCAGAUUCCAGGGAUAAGACAAGGUGGCCACUUCCCAAAGGAUCCAGAAUGACACCCUGUAAGCUCAUUAGAACCUGCUGCAGCUGGAGGCUUCCCCCAGCACGUGCCUUCCCUGCAGCCACAGGUGUAGUGCAGUGGGGGGAGGGAAGGUGCGAGGGAUGGUCAGAAAGGAAAGGAUCCGGAGAUGUCAUGCCCCAGUUUCAAGGAUCAUAUUAUUCUGCAUGCCCAGUUUGGGAAGGGUCAUUUUGAUGGGCAAAGGAUGGCUUUCCAGAGAUUACCAGACUGCACUUACACAAGAAUAUAUGUUCACAGCUGAUACAGCUGCUUAUGAACCAUCUGCAGAACUCACUGAUGAAGGCUUACCAAGGUGACCUUUUGGUUUGGGUCAGGGUGUUGGGAGAGGAUCAUUAGGAGAGAAAGAAAGGUACUUAGUACAGAUUUUCUGAUGAGUGUUCUGUAAAUUAUUUGAACCAGUCUAGCGGCCCUUUGCAGAGCUCUAUAUUCAUGUUCAGGGUCAACGCUAUCAUUCAACAGUUUUGCACAUUUUCAUGCAAUGUAAUUUGGCUUUGGUGCUCCUUGAGCCAUCCAUAGAAUGAUUUACAGCUGGGUCCCACUUAAUCUACUGCAGUGAGCACGAACAGCCCUCAGGGGAUAGAGAGAGCAGGUCACAUUGUAUCAGUCAAGAGUUUUCUUUGUACUUUUGCCAUUCCCAAAAUGGGCUUAUAAUUAAGGAAAAGAUACAAAUGGGAAGGUUAGUGGUCUCCUCAGCUUUGGGAAUGACACGGGGUCUACAAAAUGAAGAAACUUUAAUAUGAUAAUUAUAGCCUCUAAAAUUUAAAGAGCCCACACUGUAUGUUAACUGGAAUUUAAAUAAACUUAAAAAUAAAUAAAUAGCGAGCCCAGAGUCUGUUAAGGAUUUAGAAGACUUCAGAUUUGGGAUCACAUCCAUUUUAUUCCACAGUAGUGAGAGGCCAUGACUGCAGAAAAAGCACUUGGGACUGAGUCUUGCUCUGAGUUACCCACCACUGAGGCCGCAGCCGUGGAGCGACUUAGAUAUAAAGGCUCACCCGUGUGUACAGUAGAGCUCCCCACUCCAGACCGUCCCCUGAGCUGAAAACCCAGCCUCCGGCCGGCCUGGGGUGUCAGGCUGGGUGCAGGGUGACUUUGGCACCCCUCCAUUCAGAUCAGAAUAACAAACUGGAAAUCAAGCUUUCACUUACCCUAGUAUACUUCCUUUAAAAACAUAAAUAAUCUAUGUGGUAUAAUCGAGAUGAGUACCUGUAUCUUUAAAUUACAUAGGGACUUUUGUAUGUUUAAAUAAGUGUACUGGGUUCCAUAAUGCUUAUCUUAGAAACUGUUUAGUAAAAGAAAAUAUAUAAACCGUGCAUUUGUGAAUGCCCCCUUUAGAGCAUUCAUCCAAGUUCGAUGUGUAGUGUGAUGGUUAUUCUAGAUGUUUAAAGUAUAGUGAGUGGCUGUGUAACAGGAGAGACUGCUAUUUACCUACAGACUCAAGGGUAACUCCUGCCCAGUAAUUAAAUCAGUAUUGUCCUUUUCUGUCGGUUUGAUCAAUUACAGUACUGGUAGCUUCCUGCUUGUGACUGUUACCUAAUUGUGUCGAUGUACAUCUGUAGUAUGUACAUGUGAAAGUGCCUUUCUAUUUUAGAGGAGUUUUAGCCUUGCUUUUUACUGUCGCCCUGUCCACCCGCCCCAGCCCGCUCCUACCGCCCACUUGAGUGGAAACUUUGGCGUUCUCCCUGCUUCUCCGUGCCCCUUCCUGUGCCUCGGUGCUCAGUAUCCUCUGUCUUGCAUCCUUGUCGGUCAUCAGACUGUCUCGUUUUGCUGGUAGCCGUGACUGUGCCUUUCCCACCCGCAGUGUCCCCGCGUCCCCCCUCCCGCUCUGAGCUGCUGCCGCCCACGUGCGUCGCCUGUGCUCUGUCCUCUGUUACAGUCCCUGGGCUCUGAGGCGGAAAUAGGGGGGAUGCUUUUACAGUUCUGGAAGAAAAAUGUUUUGUUAGUCUGUUGUGACAAUGCACUUUUAUGUAUACUACUGUACAUUUUGGCAUGUACCAUUCCAGGCUUCAGUAUACAGUCAGGUCUGUUCUUCACGGUGUAUCUUUAUAAUAAAUAAGAUAGUUCUGGCUGCCUUUGUCUUCUUCCAAUAUGGUGUGAUUCUCAGUGAUGGGUUUUUUUUUUUCAUUCCUUUCCUUUCUUUUUCUAAUUACUGUUAACCGCCGCCCCUCCCCCCAGAGAGCUGAGUUGCAUUAGAUGGUGGGAAACUACUUUUUUUUUUUAACGUUUUUAUUUCACUUGCAUUUUUAUUUGUGAACUUGAAAAUGAGACUUCAUGCACAGGGCCUUGAUCAUGAAGCUGGAGACUUUCAGAGGACAAUUUGGAGACCCCUGUGUAGUAAGGGAGAGGGACUGGGAGAAGGCAAGCAAGCCUCCUAAACACUCCCCAUAUUGAAAUCUUUCCUGAAAUGGAUUCUUCGGCAUAGUAAACCUUGUCAAGUCGAUCUUUGGUUUCAUUUGCAUACACCGAAAUGCAAUCCUUAGGUAUAGACUAUGUUUAGAAUUCCCCAUGUAUUGAUAUUUUUUUCUUCAAACAUUAAAAAAAAAAAAACUAACUCUUGAGGUCUAUCAAUACCUAAUAAAUAGUUUUGUAAAAACUAUCAGCAAUGUGCUGGAUUCAAUAUUGAUAAGAGAUGUGGAAUUUUUUUAAAUGACACAUAAGUCAAGGGGAAAGAACUUUUUAUUGGAGUGUAAAUACAAACAGGAAAGUGCACAAAUCAUUAGUGUAAGAGUUUUCACAAAGUAACACUCUAUUAUAUCCACCACCCAGCUCAAGAAACAGCACAGUAUCAGCAUCCCAGAAGCUAGGCUUGUGCCUCUCCAGAGUUAACAUCCUCACAAAUAACACCAUGGUUUGGUUUUGCCUGUAGUUUUACCUUUCUAGAAACGGCCUCCUAACUUGGCGAUUUUGUGUCUGGCUCCUUCUGUUGAAAUGUAUGUUUGUGAGAAUCAUCCAUGCUGUUACAUACAAUUAGUUUCUUCCGUUUUGACCGGUAUAUAGAAUUCUGUUACAUGAAUAUGCUUGGUGUUUAUUUUGUAUUUCCUGAUUAAACUUUGGGUAUUGUUUGCAGAAAUCCUUAAAUA